GGCAGCACAGAGGAGGCCAUGUGCACUGAGUAUGCUUGCACAGCGUGUAAUUAACUAUAAGAGGGGCCCUCACCCUACAUGUCUCUGUUUUCUGUUUUGAAAUUGAAGGAGAUUUCUUCAAAGACAUAGCUUUGCGUGUUUUACUGGAUGUGAUUGGCUGUCAGAGGAGGUUCUUCUAUAUAUAUAUGGCUUCCAUGUUGGUGAUGAAGUAGAUUACUUUCCACCCCUGAGGACACACAUAACUUGAGUUAUUCUGUACAACCGGAGGAAAAGGAACAGACACGAUGAAGGUCUUUGUGUUCAUGAUGUGCCUGCUGGCCUCUACCUUGGCUGCUCCUGUUCCUGAUAGUGAAAGCAACGAGCAGGUUGCAGCACAUGCUAAUGAAGCCCUGAGGUGGAUGGAGAUGUACAGGCUGUACCAGCAGCAGGGGAUAGUCGGAAACCCCUUCCUCCCUGCUGCUGAUGCUCCUGCUGAUCCAGUCGGGGCAGCAGUGGUGGAAGCCGCACCAGCCGCGGCAGCUGAUGUCCCCCCUCCUGCUGCCGUCGCUGUCGGAGAUGCUUCAGAGGAGGAGACAGAGGAUGGUGACACUGCCCCUAAAGCUGCAGCACCUGGUGCCGCUGCUGUUGCCCCCCUGAAUUCAGAUGAGGUAGAGGAGGCCGAGGAGGUGGAGGCAGCAGAGGCUGUCCCGGCUGUGGUUGAAGCAGCACCAGCAGAACCAGCAGCAGAGCCAGCAGCAGACCCUGCAGCAGCUGUGGAGCCAGCUGUACUUGACGUCCCUGUGGAUGCUGCACCAGUCGAUGCUGCUGCUGUGGAUGUGCCUCCUGUUGAUAUAGUUCCUGUCGACGUUGCCCCAGCAGCACCUGAAGUGUCUGUUGAUGCCGCUGCCGCUGCUCCAGCAGAUGUCCCUGCUGCCGAUGCUGCUGCUGCUGCUGAUGCCCCGGCUGCCCCAGAGGUUGACACAGCUGGAGUGGCAGCUGAUCCUGUUGCACUGUAGUUUUCUUUCAAUAAUUACCAGCCUAAGUGCUUCUCUGCUAGCAGCUUGAGUAAUGGUAGGGAAUAGUAAUGGGUGAUGUAGUUGCAGAAAACAGGGAUGAAAAGAUGGUGAUAUUUUGACGAGUGACUGAAAAAGAAAAAACAUGUCAAAGUACCAUAGACUGUAAGAAGUGGAUGUAGCCAUUUAGUCUGAAAAAGUCUGAGAAUUGCCUUAAACCAGCAGGAGGUGACUUCACUGGUGCCAAAUACAGUUAGUGAGUAUGAAUGUCCAUGAGAAUAGCCAUCCAUCUCACUUUAUUCCUUAAAAAUGAACUAUUUAACUGGUCUCUAUUGCUUAUUCCGAAUUUUCCUCAUGACGGCAUGAUGUUCAUUUUGUAGACUAUGAACCCAUGUGGUUUAAAAUACAUGAUAAAACAUAUAAUGCUGUGGGACCUGGCUACCAUGGGAUUGUGUCUCAGACAAAAAGAUAGAUUGCAAAAGGACCAAACUUAAGGUGUCAAAUUGUCUAUCCACUUAUAAGUGAGUGACUCCACAGUGGCUACAGCUACUUCUUUUGUACAGUCAAAGAAAAAACAUGACAACAUUAACAGUACAGCUGAUUGGAAAGCAAAACAAGUAAACAUCUGUUCAGGAGUUGAUUAUUCUUUGUUUUCUCUUUGGUUUCUAUUUACAAUUCUGUACUUAUAUAGAGCUGACUUUGCAUGUAAAUCUUUAAACGUAAUAUGAAAUGUUUUUUUUUGAUGAUUUACAGUGAUUGAGACAGUGAGCCAGCAGUUGAUUCAGCCAUCUUUAGUUUAAAAUGUACACCUGCACUUAUGCUAGUGUUUCAUGUCAAGAUAUAUGCUGAUAUUAAGUAUUUGUUGUGAGUAUAUGAACAGUGAAAUAAAAG